ACAGCAACCAGGAGCAAGGCUCCUCGCGCGUUCACGUGCACAGACCGAGGACGCAGCAGCUAAAGCUAAACGGGCACCGGGCUACCAGGCCCAGAUUAUUCACGGAAUCCACGGUCGGUCAUUUUGUUCAGGCGGAUCUCCGACCGGUAGGGAUUAGAAACGUGCGAGAUCAUAUGUGUGUGAAGGGGGGAAGAAAGGCGCAAUAUGGUUCGGGAAACCAGACACCUUUGGGUGGGAAAUUUACCCGAACAUGUUCGAGAGGAGAAGAUUGUGGAGCAUUUUAAACGGUAUGGACGCGUGGAAAGCGUUAAAGUCCUGCGGAAGCGAGGGUCAGAAGGCGGUGUUGCAGCCUUUGUGGAUUUUGUGGAUAUCAAGAGUGCACAGAAGGCUCACAAUGCUGUCAAUAAGAUUGGAGAUAGGGACCUUCGUACAGACUACAAUGAACCUGGGUCAGUGCCUAGUGCUGUGCGGGGCCUUGAAGACAGCUCCCCCUCUAGCAGUCGAGACGUUACAGGAUUCACAAGGGGCACAGUUGGUCCAGUGUUUGGCCCACCUGUGUCCCUUCACACCAGGGAGGGGCGUUAUGAACGGAGAAUAGAUGGUAGCUCAGAGACCCGGGACCGUGCAUAUGAACACAGCCCUUAUGGACACCAUGACCGCAGCAGCACCUUUGACCGGCAGCGUCACUAUAAUGCUGAUUAUUACCGAGAUCGUUCUAUGUUUGCCGCUGCUGGCCCAGGAAGCAGCGCUAUUGCUGGAACCUUUGAGCCAUCGGAUCCGCAUUUUGACUCUAGAAUAAGAGACCCCUUUACUCUGACUAACUCUUCAAGACGAGAUCUAUACAGAGAUGACAGAGGCAGACGUGUUGAUAGAACCUAUCACCAUCGUCGAAGCCGUUCAUCUCAUUCCUCACAGUCAAGGCACCCUUCCCCACAACGGACCACAGGACAAACCUCUAAAACUCCUCAUUCCCCUAAAAGAGCUCCUUUGUCCCCUGGGAGGGGCCCACGAUCUGGAUCCCAUAGCAGAUCUUCGAGCUCGGACUCUGUCAGCAGCACCAGCAGCACAGGCAGCGGCAGUGAUUCAAACAGCAGUUCAAGUGAUGGAUCUAGGGCACGGUCUGUUCAGUCUUCAGCUACACAUGCACCUCCUCAGUCUUCUAUGGUGCUUGAUUCAGAUGAGCCACGCAGAAGUUUUGGAAUUAAAGUUCAGAACCUACCAGUGCGCUCCACAGACACAAGUUUGAAAGAUGGACUCUUCCAUGAAUUCAAGAAACAUGGCAAAGUGACUUCAGUGCAGAUCCAUGGAGCAUCAGAGGACCGUUAUGGUUUGGUGUUUUUUAGACAGCAAGAAGAUCAAGAGAAAGCCCUAAGUGUUUCCAAGGGAAAGCUGUUUUUCGGCAUGCUUAUUGAAGUCACUGCCUGGAAUGGACCUGAAACAGAGAGUGAAAAUGAGUUCCGGCCCUUGGAUGGACGAAUAGAUGAAUUUCAUCCAAAGGCCACAAGGACGUUGUUCAUAGGCAACCUGGAGAAGACGACCAGUUAUCAACAACUCCUUGAUAUUUUUCAACGCUUUGGAGAGAUUGUGGACAUUGACAUCAAGAAAGUAAAUGGAGUUCCACAGUAUGCCUUUGUGCAGUAUUCUGAUAUUGCCAGUGUCUGCAAGGCCAUUAAGAAGAUGGAUGGAGAGUAUCUGGGGAGCAACAGACUCAAGCUUGGAUUUGGGAAGAGUAUGCCCACAACAUGUGUUUGGCUAGACGGUCUGGCAACCAGUAUCACAGAACAAUACCUCACACGACAUUUCUGCCGCUAUGGACAUGUAGUUAAGGUUGUUUUUGAUAGAUUGAAAGGGAUGGCCCUAAUCUUGUACAACAACACAGACUUUGCUCAGGCAGCUGUAAGGGAGACCAAAGGUUGGAAGAUUGGUGGCAAUAAAAUCAAGGUGGAUUUUGCUAGUCAAGAGAGUCAGAUGGCAUUCUACAGAUCUAUGCAGGCAUCUGGCCAAGACAUCAGAGACUUCUAUGAAAUUCCUCCUGAACGACGAGAGGAACGCAGACCUCCAUACCAUGAAUUUACAGCAGAAAGGGCAUACUAUGAGAAUAUACGAACCCCCGGGCUAUAUCCAGAGGAUGCCCGAAGAGAAUAUGCUGCUGCUGCUCGCAGCAGAGAACGAUUUCCUGAACUUGAACACUAUCAGGGUGAACACUUCGACCCACGUUUUCAUGAGGACCCAAGAGACUACAGGGACUACAGGGAUCCUUUUGAGCAAGACAUUCGGAAAUAUACAUAUAUUCAAAGGGAGCGAGAAAGAGAGCGAGAACGUUUUGAGGCUGACCGCAGCAGGUGGAGUCCGUCCCAUCCAAGGCGACCCAUUACUCCAACAGUGUCACCUUCACCAUCUGAGCGGGCUCCCAGAGACUCCGAACGACGAGUUUACAGCCAGUCUUCUGAGCGAAGUGGUAGUGUGAGCUCAAUGUCACCACCACACUUUGACAAAUCCGACAAGACCCUACCGGAUCAUGCAUCAAAGACUGAAAAGACUGAGAAAAAUAGUCUACCAGAUCGUGUGGCAGGGGCAGAGAAAACCAAACGUGCAAAAAGAAAAGAGAAGGGUGAAAAAGCAGAAAAGAAUAAAUCAAGAAAAGCAAAGGGGCAAUCUCCGUCCAACCCAUUGCCUGAAACUGAGCCUGAGCCUGGGUUUGAUGGAGGUUCUGGAAGAGGACGGGUACCUGACCAGGAUGCUCAUGAGAAGCAAAAACCUAAGGGGGAUAGUGACAGUGGAAAUUCAUUGUCAGCUACUCAUGACCAAGCUAAAAGUGAAAGAUCUGAAGCAAGUAAAGGUGAGAAUUCAGACGUAGAUGGUAAAAAUCGGCCCAAGAAACAUCUAAAGUCUGAAGCUGGCAAUGAUGGGAAAGAGUCAUCAGCAGAUUCAGAGCGUCUUGCUGCAAGAAAAAGGCGAUUUGCAGACUCCAGUGGAAGGACUGUUCGUCAGAAAAGAAGCAGGCAUGAGGAGGAGGAUGGUAUUCAGUCUUCUGAGUUCAGUGCUAGUGCCACAUAUUUGAAAGAGUUGGACACUGAGAAACACAAAGAUUCACAACGGAGAGACUCAAGACUUAAAGCUGAAAAAAGUGGUACACAGAAGGAUGGUCAAGAGGACCCAAGAGGACAAAGAGAGAAAUCAGAGGGUUCUUUGGACCCUCUGGAGUCAAAACGUCAUCCAGGACACACUUCAUCCAGAAGGUUUUCACAUGAAGGGAUUACAGAGCAAAGCAGUGCAAGAGAAGAAGAGCACCAUCCUACAUUCAAGUUUACACAGAAUGCUGACAAUGAAAAAAGUGGUAAGUCAAAAGAAGACCAUGUUGACAUUGAUCUCUCUCAGAGUUACCGCAAGCAGAUGGAGCAAAAUAGACGGUUGCAUCAGCAGCAACAGCAGCGUGAAUCUGACAAAUCUGAUAAACCGGGAAGUCCCCAUGGAAGUGAAAUGGAGGACUUGGAACAUCGCAGUCUUGUGCAUGAAGUUGGUAAACCACCUGAGGAUGUCACUGAUAAUUUCCCAUCCCACAAACUAAAGAAACUUGACCAAUUUGACACUGACCCUGGGACAAAGAGAGAGCGUGUCUACAGGAGUUUCAGACAAAAAAGUGAAGAUCCUGACUGGAACAACACUUCCUCUCCAGGACAUCAUCACUUCCCUCACCAUGCAGAUGAGGACUUUGAGGAUCAUUCUCAAAAAGAGUUGGGCAGGAAUGAGGAGAAAAUUCAUACAGAUCUUGAGCUAUUGGUCAAAAGGACACAUAAUACCCAGGUAAACAAGCCAAAUACUCCUUUACUUAAUAUGGAAGAGGAGCAACAAAAGACCUGGGAGGGCCGGGUAAAACACAACUUGUUACCUGACCUGAACUUCCCCAGAACUCUUAGUAAAAAUGUUCAUAAUCGCAAGCGUUUGGAAUACGGAAUUUGGCAUGACUUGGAGCCCGGAGAAGUAAGAUCUGAUCCUGAGGAGGACAGAGAGAACAAGACCCAUUCUCCUGUGCCCUCAACAUCUAUGCCUUUUUCUGAUAGGCAAAGGGUUGACAGGUUUUCAGACCCCAAACUAGCACAUCUCGAGAGGAACAAAUUCUAUUCCUUUGCACUGGACCAGACCAUCACACCCGAUACAAAGGCUCUGCUUGAACGUGCAAAAUCUCUAUCAUCUUCCAGAGAAGACAAUUGGUCCUUUUUGGAUUACGAUUCUCACUUUGCAAGUUUCCGCAAUAGAAAAGAUACUGAAAAAGUAGAAUCAACACCAAGACCUACACCCUCCUGGUACAUGAAAAAGAAAAAGAUUCGGAGUGGAUCUGAAGAUAAACUUGAUGACAGGAAGGAGGAGCCGAAGCCAGAGGAACAGGAACGCAGGGAACUUUUUGCCUCCCGCUUUCUUCACAGCGCUGUCUUUGAGCUUGAUUCUAGACGACUUCAACAUUUGGAGCGCAAACAUGAAGAACCUGAGCAUACACAAACCCAACAACCUAAUCAGCAAGGGACAGGAGAUGGUGAACUUGAGUCAGGGCCAGUUGUCCUUUUCCAUAGUCGUUUUUUGGAACUCACACGUUUACAACAACAGAAGAAUAAAACGCCACAAUUGCAAGAAGCAAAAGGAGAGCCGAUACCCACAGAUGAGAAAGUGGAAAAACCAUCUAUUCCAGAACAGCAAGCUUUGCAGUCCCCCGAAACAACAGAAUCUGUCAUGGAGCCAGAAAUUAAACCCAUCAGUCCUGUUGAAGAGCUGAUUUCUGAGCCCCAACUUGCACCUACACCUGUCACACAGUCUGUGGUUAAGGAUUUUCCUCCAUUAGAACAGAAAAGUGUUGUCUUAGAUCAUGCCCCUGAAACAUAUCCCCCUCUGUCUUUGGUAAAAGAAGUAAAGGACAUGGAACAUGUUGAAUCAGUGCAGCAUCUGCCAUCUGAGACAUCGUCCGAUUCGGAGCUUGCACAUCCAUCAGCAACAGAACCCAGGCAUUCAGCAGAAGGAUGUAAGCUUUCAUCUUCUGAAGAGAAACUGGAUACUGCAACUGAAGACGGAAAACCUCCCAGCACAGAAAAGUCUUACCAGUGUGAUGAGUUAAUUGGCAGUUCAGAAGCUGAGGUGGAUCCUGAAACAACACAGCCAGAGGAAGUGCCAGAAGUCACUAGCCCUAAACUACCUAGUCUUGCAGAGGAAGUGGAUGUAGUCAAGAAAGAGACUCCCUCCUCUUGUAAAGUAGUAGAAGAGCCUGAGGGAGAGAAGAAAUGUCAACUUAGUAAAGGGCAGGUUCCAGUUGAUGUCACAAAUGAUGAGCCAAUCUUGCUACAGAAAGAGCUUAGUAAAACAAAAGAAGGCAAAACUAAAAAAUUCAAGCAAUCCCCUGCUCGAGUUUCUCCAAUUCCUGUUGUUUCUACCGCUGGUUCUGAAAAGCCAGCUACACGCAAGAGUGAGCGCAUUGACAAAGAGAAGCUGAAACGUGGAUCAUCUCCAAGAGCUGAAACAAAGUCCACGAGCAAGUCUCCCAUUCAUAGCUCAGACCCAGAUAUCUCAGAGCCAAGCAUAUCAGUAGGCAGAGCAAGACGACGAAAUGUUAAAUCAGUCUAUGCCACCCCAGUUGAAGAUGAUGCACCAGGUCGUACUGGAAAGGAUAUGACUGAGUUGCCACGCCAUGCCCGAAAGCGGGGUUCAGACAAAGAUGCAACACAACAAAUUAUUGAACAAGAUCCACCAGCUCCUACCCCUGUAACAAAGCGAGGCCGCCCUCCAAAGAAUCGCAAACCAAGUGACGAGAUUUUAACAGCUAAAGUAGAAAAACCUAAAAUCGACAAUAAAGACACUGAUUCAAAUGAAUCAGAAAGCAGUGAAAGAAUUUCAAGAGUGUCAAAAGGGAAAACAUCCCCUGGCACAAAGGGUCAGUUGAAUCUGAUGUCCACAGUCUUAGGUUCUGGAUCAACAAGGAAGGUGGAAAAAACUGAAGUGGUUGAGGAUGAUGACCAGGAAAUGGAUUUUACAGAUGAAGAUUCUUUGGCCUUGCAAGAUCCUUCAAGUUUAUCUAAAGAAGAUCCAUUGAUAAAAGUGGACCAAAAGAAAGAUGAUAAACAAGGAUUGAGCGGAGACAAGGAUGUUCUCAAUGAAAAGGCUUGUGGGGGUAAGUCAAAUGGAAAAGAGACAGAUCCACGAGUCUUGGAAGAGAAACCCAUCUCAGAAAAAGACAAGAUUGUUAGAGGAAAGACAAAGUUGACUAGGACUCCUAAGUCUCCUGUCCUAAAGAACCUCAAGAUCAGACUUAAUGUCACAGAGGUAAAAGAUCUUCUCCAGUUAGGGGAAGAUGAGCCAGGUAAUCCAGAGGAUGCUUCAAAAAAGUUAAGAUCUGUUGAUCCUAGUGAUAAUGUUUCUAGUUGCUCCAAUGCCAAUGGGGGAGGCCUCAACAGUGAAGAUAAAGGAAAUGCCACCUUAGAACUAAAAGAGCCGAUUGAAGCAGCAAAAAGCUUGAUUUUGCAAGAGCGGGAAUUGGAGCAGGCUGUGGAGAACAUUGCGAAACUCACAGAGCCAGCAUUCCCAACAGAACCAUCAACACCCCCUGUCUCGGUUCCAGAGGUAAAAAGUGACCCAGAAGAAGAAAAGCCUUCUAAUCCUGCUAGUGAGACAGAGCUCAUGGCUGCUAUUGACUCGAUAACUGCUGAGGAAUCAACUGUAUCCUUAGCCCAAGCGACUCCAGUAAGUGCAGAAGUAGGUUCAGAACCUGAGGUGCCAGACUUCAUUCAUGCUACCAAGGAAGAUGAACCUGAGACUCCACUCUCUAUACAGGAAGAGCCUGUCCUGCCUACCACACCCAAAAAGGGCUUCAAGGUAAAACCGAAAACACCUAAACGCCCUAAAGUUCAAAAGCAAGUAAAAAAGGAUUUAAAGGAAGGACUCUCAAUAAGUGAGGAAUUGUCAUCUCCUUCAGAAGUUAACACAGCUGUCAGUGUAAAGCUUGUCCCUGAAGCAGCUCCAUCAUCAGCAACUGCUGCUGUCAUUACCCAAACUACCUGGAAACCAGAGUCUGAGCCUUCAGCCCCCAAGACUACAUACGUAGAAGUAGAUUUAGAGCCAUCUUGUGAAGAACAGAAUCCAAAUCUUAAAUCAGUGACUCCUCACUCUAAUAGUCCAAUAUGCCUAAAGCCCCCACAGGUUCCACCAGAAUGCAUCACCCCUUCCUUGUCUCCACUUGCUAACAGGCCAAACAUAAGACCUAUUCAAACUAGUAAAACGUCUGUUUCUCCUCCUGAUUGGCGCCACCAGUCUAAAGAAACAGGACUCUCUUCCCUGCCUGUUAUGCCAUUGGCAUCCAAGGAAAACCAGCCUUUACCAUCAGAGUCUGAAAACAUGGAUAUUGGUCAUGGUACAAGUGACUUGAGACAAAUUCUGAUGAAACACAAAAAUAUUUCCCUUGCAAGCAGUGGUUUUAUCCCAAGUAAUGUGUCUACUCCGCAAGAUCAGAACAUCUCUGAAAGUAAUACCCCAUCAGCUGCUGUGCCGAAUAAGCCACCACUACCUGAUAGAAUGCCAGCUCAUCAAGCUCCACCAGUUGUUCCAGUUGUUCGACCUCCUGCGUCACUACCAUCUCCUGAGACUAAGUCUGUAAUCUCUGUUAUUGCAUCUACUGCAACCUCUGUCAUCAGUCGUGUUUGCAACCCUCCAGAGCCUGAGGACAAAUUAAACCUGAACAUUGGGAAUCCUUGUGUGGACAUGACUAUACCCAAACAAACUUAUAGGCCCAGCAAAGAUGACACUGGAUCAUAUCAUGUUGGCGAUGAAAGUGGCAGUGCUGCACGCUUCAUUGUUGAUGGCCAAAGUCUUGGCACAGGAUCUUGCCCAGGUCUGAGAGUCAACACAUCUGAAGGAGUUGUAGUAUUGAGCCACUCAGGCCAGAAAACAGAAGGACCACAGAGGAUUAGUGCAAAAAUAAGCCAGAUCCCCCAAGCUACAGCAGGCGACAUGGAAUCUCAGCAGUUGGUGUCCAUGCCCCAGACUAAACAGGAACUGUAUGCUCAUUCAGGACUACAGAAGGGACCUUCAACGCAGGCAGAUCAUGGGCACCUUGGAAAGACUCAAUCAACUUUGUCCUCUAUUAAACAAGAAAAUGCUGUUUUCGAAAAGCUGGAACCCAGUUACCAAACUGGACCUCAAGGAGUAGUAAAGCGUUUCACUCAGGGGAACCAACAAGUAAUGAGUUAUCAUCAAGAGUACAUGCCAAUGAAGCAUCCAAAGAAAAUGGACACUGCUGAUCAUCACAGUACAGAUGGUACCAAACCACCAUGGACUUCUGCUAUAAGUCCUGCUAUAAGUCCCCAUUUGCCCUCUCCACCUGGUAACCACGUAGGUUUUGUUACAUCAGCAGGUGAAAGAGCUCCUUCACAUAUCAGUGGAGUCAAACAAGAACCAAGAUCACCUCGGAAGUCAGGCCACCCACACUCUCCGUUCACUAAAGUAUCCUCACCUAUUGGCUCCUCAUCACCAAAGGGUAUACCAGUGAUGUUACCCACUGGUCAUCCUGCUAUGCAACAAUUUAUUACUGGCGUACAUCAUCAAGAGCAGUCCGUAAUUAUGCCACCUCAUAGUGUCCCUGGAGGCCUGGGGCGUAUGUCUCCUCACCGUGUCUCCCAAUCAAUACCGGUAGGGCACCUUGUCCAAGGAGAUGUUCGUGUUAAUACUCCACCUCUUUCUGUAAUGAGCUAUGGGAUGCAUAGUAGUGACACUCUUGCCUCUCCUUGGUCUGGUUCUUUGCAGCCAAGGCCCACAUCCCCCCAGGCUGUAGGCAGAGACAAGGUCCUCAAGGUAAACCCUGGUUCUUUGAGGAGUCAUGAGGGGGAACAGGAAGAAGCCAGGCGCUACCACCAAGCUCAAGGGAGGCAACCUGGCACACAGCUAAAACCUGAGACAUUGCAGCCAGAUCCUCGUGGAACUUUGCGGACUAAUGUCCAGUUAGAGACAUAUAUGGCGCAAAGGGAUAUGCGUGUGCUCUUGCAUCAACAGGGAGAGCGUCUGGCCACAGACCCUCAUUCUGGACACAUACAAGAGACUCCUCCUCCAUCUUCAGCAACUUCCAGCAUACCUUUGUCCUUGUCUCCAAGAGGACACGUUUUAUCUAAAGGUGUGGCUGAAAAGGAUAUGACGAAAUCUUUAGAGGCCAAGAGGCCACACUCUCCUCUUGCAAAAGAUGGAAUGAUGGGAAUCCGACAAUCUGGCCAAGCAAUUGCAUCUCCCCAGAGAGUACAGCUAAUAACCACUGGACCUAGUGGCUCAUUCCCAGAGUACUCAUCUAUGUACUCAAAUCCAAGAGGCAUCCACUCUCAAAUACCAGAGGCAUCUCCUGCUGGAAUCAACCGGCCACCAUUGAGUGUCACACCAACCUUGGGUGCAGACCUCCAGACCAAACCAGAUGGCAAGAUGACUCAGCCUGUUAAUAUGGUGCAGUUGCUCACGAAAUACCCUAUUGUGUGGCAAGGCCUGCUGGCACUGAAGAAUGACACAGCUGCAGUCCAGUUACAUUUCGUCUGUGGCAACAAAGCCUUGGCUCAUCGAUCACUUCCCCUGCAAGAAGGAGGCGCAUUACUGAGGAUUGUCCAGAGAAUGAGACUAGAGGCUUCACAGCUGGAGAGCGUAGCCCGAAGAAUGACUGGAGACACUGAUUUCUGUCUUCUCCUUGCUCUGCCAUGUGGGCGAGAUCAAGACGAUGUCCUGAACCAAACUCAAGCUCUUAAGGCAGCUUUCAUCAACUACUUGCAGACAAAAUUGGCUGCUGGUAUCAUCAAUAUACCCAAUCCAGGUUCCAAUCAGCCUGCCUAUGUGCUCCAGAUCUUCCCACCAUGUGAAUUUUCAGAGAGCCACCUAUCCCAGCUCGCCCCUGACCUUCUGAACAGGAUCUCCAGCAUCUCACCACACCUCAUGAUUGUCAUCACCUCUGUGUAACCCUCACUGCUGGGAGCUGUCCCAUUAAUGGAUGUUCUCACCAAUGAGCCUCAGGAAACCAGAGGAAUACGGAAAUUAUUUUUAUUUUUUCCCGGACACAAUGGGAAUGUGUAGGACGAACCCUAUCAACUGUUUUUGCUUUUUUCCAUCAGUCUUUUUUUCUUUUGUCUGGUGAUUUUGUCCUCCUCAAACAAACUCAGGGAUGGACCAAACCAGAAUCCAGUCUUAUUUGACCAUUUCUCUGCUGUAUUUCUAUUUAUUGGAGUUUAAUUUUAAUGUUCGGAGAUGCUCUGAAAAAAAAUCGGGAUGUUUGAUGAACAAGAUUGAGUGACUAUUCGGGUGGCCUUUUUUCUUUCAUCAGUCUUUUAUUGUCAUGCUCAUUUCUCCACAACAGAGGAUCACUGAAGCUGUUGUGCCACAACGGCUUGAAAGGCAUUUCAACAUGUAAUUUUAAAUAAUUAUGUACAGACUUCCUCGUCCAGGCUUUCUCUAGAUGAAGUAUUACCUUGUAAACUAUGGAGACCCUGUAGAGGACCACGUUCGCUUAACAACUCCUUCAAUUCCACCAGCUCUGCUCGUUUCUCACACUACUGAAGCAGUUACACUUCUGGCCACCUGCCUUUGCAUUGAACAAGCUACAGUAUGAUUUGGGAGCUUUUGAAUACAGGACUUUGUAAAUAUUUUAAAUAUUUAAACUUUGACUAUGGAGCUUGGACAACUUGACACAGACUUGAACUCUGGGACAUACCAGUGCACAGAGUGCGAAAAAUUCGAUGGAUAGCCUUGAUUUUUGGGUGUAAAUACUUGUAACACAAGAAGGUUGGCAAACUCUGCUGUGGAGUCUGCUGAUGGCACUUCGUAUUUUGUAACUCAAAUAAAACAAACUCCAGAAAACUUGAA